AUGUCUUACGCCGAAGCUGCAUCCAGAGGCCCCAAGCAGUCUCCAGAUGAAGCGUUAGUUGUGACUCGCCCUACUUUUUUGCUGCACUUGAUCUACAAAGAUGAAUCGGAAAGCACAGCAUCCCUAGUUGAUGUGGACUCCCCACACGUCACUGCGGUAGACCCUAACUAUCUGAACCAAGAGAUAAAGACUACGACCCAGGCUGAGCGCAUACAGCGUGAAGAGGAAGAAGAAAAGAAACAGGAAGCUCGAGCUGAGAACAAGGCUAAGGCUAAAGCUAAGGCUUCGAGCGUACGAGACAACGCAAGUAAUCCAGUAUACAUCGGAAACGCCGUGAUCGUGGGUGUUAUUGGUGCCGGACUUGGACUUGGUGCCUACCGAAAACAUGUCGAAGGUCAGCUAUCAUGGCAGCUCAUUGGAGUAUGGACUGGGGCUAUCGGAGCCUUGGGCGUGGCCGAUUAUUUUGUGAGCAAGUGA